GUUAGAGACAGUCAAAAGGAAAGCAAAACUGCAGACUUUCUCACUUUCUCUAUCUCCCAAUUCUCAGUCCUCACUCCUAAGAAAAAAUCUGCCCCGCCCCUACUGCUGCGCUGCUGGCUGCUGGUUAGAAACGCCGGAGCUCGGAACUGCCGCUGCCGGUCGCCGGAUUGCGGAUUUAAAGGUUUAUGUGCUGAUUUUGGAUGUGAGGAUGGUCAAAAGUAAUUGGGAAAUCAUCCAUAUAGCAGGCAAGCCACCUUUCUCACCUACACAACAGCCUACAGUCAGCGUCUUUGCAUCUUUGAUUGAUCCAAAACUUGCCAACACUUUAGUCAGGAAAGUAAAUCAAAUUGCCCCAUUGAACCUUCGGCAUGUGAAGCGAGUGCGUAAGAGCUGUUUGGACGGGAAAACUCAAUUGUCCAUGAUCUUGUGUUUAACUGGUGAGAAUGACAAUGAGCUUGAAAGCAUGCCCCUGGAUGUGCUAGAGCUGACCAAUUGCUAUCAGUUGAGUCCUUUUGUAACUCAAGUUUGCCAAUAUGCCGCGACAACGAAAGAAGAAUGGGAAGAACAGUGCAAAUUAUGGCCUACUUCAUAUCAUCCUCCAACAUUCAAUAUUGAUGGUAUCACUGGUUUCAAUGAAGAAGACUCAAUAGUGGUUUUCAAUUACAUGAAUCAAGCGCUUAAGUUGGCAAAAUCUGCUGGAUCUGAGCUUGUUAAUGCUGCGGUUAUUGUGGAUCCAUCUUUAAACCAAAUAAUUACAAGUGCAAGUGAUGAAAUCUCUUCAUGGAACAUGCAUUUCCAUGGUAAUGAAGCACUCUCGCUAGAUGCGGAUGAAGCCUCGAUAUCCCAUGAUGCUGCCAAUGUAUCUCCAUUAUUGGACUUGAAUUUGAUUGGUUUGCCUAGUGAUUCCAAAACAUCAUGCAGCAGAAUAUCCUGUCUGAACCCAUGGCAGUGGUCUCUGUCAUCAUCUACGUCUUGCUUUUUGCACCCUUUGCGACAUGCUGCAAUGGUUGCCAUUGAACAUUCCGCUGCUAAGGAUAUACGUUUAUAUCCAGUGGGAGAAGCUGAUGAGAAAUCUGUCCAAUUGGAUCCUAAUGCAACACCCAAGCGACGGAAGACAAUUUUAGCCAACGUGAAAAAUGGUGAUGAUGUUCCAGCUAAUGGUUUUCUUUCCAAAUCAGAAAGACCUUACCUCUGCACUGGUUAUGAUAUUUAUCUUGCUUGGGAGCCAUGUGCAAUGUGUGCCAUGGCCCUUGUUCAUCAAAGAUUCAGGCGUAUAUUCUAUGCUUUUCCAAAUCCAAGUGCCGGUGCUUUGGGCAGCGUAUACAGAUUGCAGGGUGAGAAAAGCUUGAAUCAUCACUAUGCUGUUUUUCGAGUCAUACUGCACGACGAACCCCUUGUAAGAGUUGACGCUUUAACAACAGUCGAGAAAGAUUGCAAAUGAAAAAGGAUGUGAUUGAAUAUAUAUACACGUUCAUCAGUUCAGCAUUAGCAUCCUUCUUAGGUAUGCAAUACUCCUAUAAGUUAAGAACUUAACCCAACUCCAAGCUAACAGAUCUUGCCGUGGGGUGGGGGAUGGGGUGGGGGGGGGGGGGGGAAGAGUGGUGAACUGGUGAUCUCAGUCAUAAUAUUUUUUGCUUUAGUAGUAGUUUUUUUUUUUAUAUUCUUAGCAGCAUAUUACAGAUUGUUGAGUUCAAUCUCAUUUUCUUUGGUGAUUUUCGAUUGGAUCUUAUGGAUUUGUGCUUUUUUAGGAGGAACAUGUUAAUAGAAUGGAACAUGUUACCUAAUUCUGAUAAACUUUAUAUACUACCUCCGCUUAAUAUUAUUUGCAACGAUUAGACAUUUUCUACUCAUUAUGUCAAAUCGUUGCAAAUAAUAUGAAACGAGGGUAGUAUUUCUUUUUAGAGUGGUAAUUAAGAUAAAUGUGACUAAUGCCAUCUCUCAGGUUGAGGUUACUAAGACAACAGGAUUUUAUAAUUCAUGUUAAUUACUCAGUCCGUACAGUAGUUUGAGAAAUACAAUGUAAACAUAUUGUUCUGAGAAUUUUUCUAAAAUUAAUUGUAAUAGUUAGAUUUUUUCACUAUUUAUAUACUUUACUUUAACCA